CAACUCUUCAGCCAGAGCUUGCUGGACUUUUGCCAUUACGUAAGUAAUGUGCGUAGCCUUUAACAACGGGCGUGGCUUCCUGGUGCUUUUUUUUUUUUUUGCUGAAGUUGAAUGCGGAAGACAUACAGAAUACCUGAUUAACCGAAGUACACGGGGCCUGACCCACGUUUCUAAGGAUUUUGCAUGAGACCUGAAGUGUUGACAUCAUAAAAAUGUGGCCAAAUCAAGGACCUCCUCCUCCCGUGGGCCCACCAAACCCUGCUUACCCUCCUGCCUACAGCCCUGCGUAUCCUGUUGCACCUCCAUCAGGACUCUUCCCCCAAGCUCCACAGCCAACACACCCAGACCAAUACUCAGCUGGGCAAUAUCCAGCUGGGCAAUAUCCAGCUGGGCAAUAUCCAGCUGGGCAAAAUCCAGCUGGGCAAUAUCCAGCUGGGCAAUACCCAGCUGGCAUGAACCCAGCCAUGGGGACAAUGCCUUAUCCAACUCCAGGGCCUAAUGUUUAUCCCAUGGCACCAGGUGGAUAUCCAGUAGUCCCUCCUGCAGGUGCUCACCAAGGCAGUCAUCAGAAAGGCCAUAAAGGCCACAAAGGUCAUGGAGGGUUAAAUCCCAUGGCUGGAGCAUGCGCCGGAGGGAUGGCUGGAAUUGGAAUGGGGGUGGGUGGACACAAAGCCAACAAAAAGAUGAAGAAGAAGAUGAAGAAAGCACAUAAGGGGCACAAACACGGCAAGUCCUCCAGCAGCAGCAGCAGCAGCAGCAGCAGCGACGAAGAGUGAGGCCACCCCUUCAAGACAAGGCUUUAAAAGAAAAGUUGCUUUUCAAAACGGCUACCUGGCCAUUAACAAACCAUAAACACACUAAAGUUAUACUUAUCACUUUUAACAGGAUGUGAAACCUUAAAAUAGAGAUUUAUCAUGAACUAUUUAAAAUAUUAAGGGUUAGUUUUAGCAGGUCUUAUAAGACUCUUGUACAUUUUAUUUGUACAUUGGUAGUACUAAAGGGAAAUGAAAACUGAGCGUAAGAAUAUGUAGGAGGGCGGAGCCAGGCUAAUGCAUAAACUAUUGUUAACAUAUCACAGCAUUUGGCUGUAAUUGCAUUUAAUCAUGCCUUUUUGGGGUUUGUGGUGUCUAUGUCAAAUGUUCCAUAGUGUCACUUUCUGUACAGUAAAAAUGCACUACAAACAUGCUAGUGUACAAAAAUACUAAAAUAAUUUGAAGAGGCACUGCAGCAAUGAUUCAUUUGGGAAAAUUGUGAUUAAGCAAAUGACAAUAUGUAUAUUUGGUUUUGUUUUCUUAGGAUGUUUAACCUAGAGGUGAAGAAUGAUACAGAUGUUGAGUGACUUUAUUUUAUUUUUCUAAAUUUAUGUUCACUUGUUCUAACUACUACACAUGACUGCAAAAAUUGUUGAUCUGUGUUGCUUUGUAUCUACACUAAUUGUGGUGAUAUAUAAAGGGCUUUAAUUGACCUCCUUAAUAAAUGGAAUUAAAUGAAAAG